AUGCCGUACAUCAAUCAGGAGGCGGCGCCAGAGACCGUCUACAUUAAAGAAGAAGAACAGGAUGAUGAAAUUCCCAAGUUUCCAGUGACUUUCAGUGUGAACAGUGAAGAAGAUGAAGGUCCUUGUGGAGCAGCGAAACAAUCGAGCGACGGGUUGUUUCAAUAUCUGACAACAAAAGAAGAGGGACAGUCGCAACUGGACGAGCUGUUAGCUCCAUUUUUGGACAGCGACGACAUUACAUCAGACUCAGACUUUAACACUGAUGAAGAGGAUGAUAACUUUGACAACAAUGCUUUGAAAUCCUUCAACGAGCCAUCUUUGAAAAGCGACACAAAAGACGGCGCAGGCCAGCCUGGCGAGGACAGUGACGAAGGUGGGAAUUGGGAGGAGGAUGUGGAUGACGACGAAAGUCAAAAUGAGGAGCAGGAAGAGGAGGAGGAGCACGCUCAAGGGGACGACGACGAACGAUUAUGGAGGUCCAUAAACAAAAAAAUAAUUUGGUCUCCCACCCACGAGAUGUCCCGGGAUUUUGUCCCGCCGACACUUCCCUCUCCCGGACCGACGAAGUACGCGAUCUCUAGAAUUAGCAGCCCAAUCACGGCAUUUGAUUUAUUUUUUCCCGACAAUAUCAUGGAUCACAUUUUGAAAAUGACGAACCUGCAAGGGUGCAGGGCUAUUACGGGCUGGACCAAGCUAACCGCGCAGGAGCUGCGUGCGUAUUUAGGACUGCUCAUUCUUGCAGGGAUGUACCGGUCCAGAAACGAAUCAACGCUCAGCCUGUGGGACAAAGACCUCGGCAGACCGAUCUUUGUCCAAACAAUGUCGCACGGCAGAUUUGGCCAGAUAAACCGUGCGCUAAGGUUCGAUGACAAGCUGCUCCGGCCACGACGUCACCACAGUGACAAGCUCUCGCCCAUUAGUGACAUCUGGAUCAAGUGGAAUGACAUCCUCCCCAAGCUCUACAGCCCUGGAAGAGACAUUUGCGUGGACGAGCAGAUGGUGUCAUUCAGAGGCCGCUGCUCGUUCAAGCAGUAUAUGCCAUCCAAGCCGGUGAAAUAUGGAAUCAAGGUGUGGGCGCUUUGUGACGUGGAGACUUCCUAUGCGUUGAAACUGGAGGUAUACACGGGAAAGCCUCCAGGGGACACGCGCACCUCAAAUGUGGGCAUGGGCGUGGUGCUGCGCCUGUGUGAUUCUUUCGAAGGGCACACUGUCACGACCGACAACUUCUUCACUUCUUUCCCACUGGCCGAAGAAUUGAAAAAGAAAAAAAUUGCAUUGGUCGGCACCCUGAGAAAGAACAAAGGGGAGCUUCCUCCAGCACUCCUUAGAAUAACCUGCAGGCAGCCACUCUCAAGCUUGUUUGCAUUCACAAAAAAUAUGGCCCUCGUGUCAUAUGUCCCGAAAAGAGCGGAAAAUUUUCUGGUGCUGAGUACGAGGCACCGCACGCCAGAGGUUCCAGAGGGAGCACUCAAGAAGCCACAAAUUAUUCUGGACUACAAUAGAUGCAAAGGAGCGGUUGACCACUUGGACCAGGUAAGAAUAACUUACUCCUGUCGUCGGCGGGCACUGAGGUGGCCCAUGUGUCUGUUCCACUACAUGGUGGACAUUUCUGCCUACAACGCUUUUGUGUUGUUCAGUAAUGUGAAGCCGGAUUGGAGCCGCGCAAAGCUGUUUCGGCGACGGCUGUUUUUACUGGAGGUGGCCAAGGCCCUGGUCACGCCAGAAAUCACACGCAGACAGAGGUGGAGGUCCAGCAACACAUGUGGCCCCACCAAAGCCCCAUCUGAAGCGGAAGCAGUGUGGGCUGUGCACUGA